AUGACUUGUUACGCGGCGUUUCCACCACCACCGCCGUGUAAAACGAAUACAGUCCCCCCUACCCCUCGAUUCGCUAAUGCGGUCUGGAAUGAGAAGAAGAAGAAGCAAACACACACGAGAAGAUACGACGCAUCGCAUUCGCUUGAUAAUGACGAUGAUAACAAAGCACUUCCGACUGCAAAAACUACUAUAAGACAUCACGUCACUUAUUUUUCUUGGCUAGAAGCCAAAAUUUCUUGGGAUGAGAGGGGAUUAGGAGUUCAAUUCUUCGAGUCGAUCAACCCUCGAACGGACUUCAAGACCAAUGAGGACCUCGAGGAUUACCUCUACCAGAAGUCGUGCGAAAUUCAGCCGAAAGGAGCCGAGGUGCCGAACACUGACUUGAAACCCAAGCACACGUCUUCGACGCUCCGCUCCCCUGGAAUCAAGCCACCAAAGGCCGCGAAUCACUACUUGGCCAACCACCCGAUUGGAUUGGGACAUCUCUCGCACUCCCAGCACUCUCACUCGGCGCCGCACGCCAUGUCUUCUGGAGCGACGUCUUCUGGGCAUCAGUCGAGUACGGUACCCAGCACGCCGGUCACGAUACAUGAGACGAAGCGGAGCAUGUCGCAGACGCAAGCGUCCGAUCAUCAAAAAAUUCCUGUCCUCCAACCACCACCACUGCUACCCCGCUCUCGCUAUCAGCCACCACCACCACUCAACCCUCUGGACGUUCCACCAACGACUCAAGCUCCAAUGCCACCUGCGCCAAAGUCUGGAUCGAUUAUGAGUCAGGCAUCGUCGCCGACAAGCAGCUCGACGACGCCAAGCUCGGCGCCAGGACCAGCACCGAAGCUUCAUCCAAGACGUGGUGUUCCCCAGCCAAUGUCUCCAUUGGCAAAGUCUCCAUUGACACCGUCGAGAGACAACGCAUCUCCGUCGGCCUUCCAGUUCCCGGUUGUCUACGAUUCGGCACCCCCACCACUUCCGCCGCGACCAUCCGCCGCCUCCUCAGAUGGCACAUCGCCAAGCACGUCGUCAGUCGCUUCCAAAGAGAAUCAGGAGCAGUUGAGAGUGAUCUUCGAUCGCGAAGAGUCCCAUUCGCCAACCGUCCGUCUAUCGGUACCACUGCCGCCGGCACUUCCUCCACCGAGAGGAUCCGCCGUGUUCCGCGCGCCACCACCGUUGCCGCCAAAAUCGGGCCGCCACAACUCGAACAGCCCCACCACACCAUCAUCCGCGGACCCGUUCGACGAUCCAACAUCCCCAUCGAUCUUCGUCAACACGCCGCCACCACCACUUCCACCAAAAACCUACAGAGUCACUAAGAAGCCGUAG